CUGGGGGCGGGCUGGGGGCGGUUGCCCCCCUACUGCGGGAUGGAUAUCCUCGGCUGAAGCGGGCGCUGUCUGUUCGCCAGCCGCCAGGUACUGUGGCUUCGAACGGGCUUUGAGGUUCACGGUCUAGGGUGCACCACAUCUCUGACUACUUUCCUGUUUUCUUCCGAGACCCUCCCUGGAAACAAUCUUACUAUCGAAGCCGUCCAUCGCCAAUUGACCAAAUCCGUCCGGGCGUUACCUACUUGUUGGCAUCGCACGGUCGACCAGACAGACUGAGUCCAUAAGUACUUGAGCACUUCCGACGAUCUGCAACCACCCACCUCCGGCGUCUUUUGCUGCUUUCCUUCCUUGCUGUUUCCGAAUCGUUCGAGUGACCUCGAGGUUAUACACACUUGACGUAUUGCACCAUGUCGUCUUUUGCUCGGGCUAUUCGCCCCGCCAUGAGAGGAAGCCGUGGUGUUGCUGCUCUCGCUAGAGCGAGGACAUGCACGCCGACCAGAACCUUCUUGCCACUCCAGCAAACCGCCAGACCUCUCUCGACCACCCAGCGCCGCCGCAAUGCCGACCACCUUGACAUCACCGACAUCCCCCCCACGCCCAUCACCCAUCUUUCCGAGGUCGAGGCCGCCAUGCAGGAGACUGUGAACAAGUUCGCCAACGACGUGAUCGCGCCCAAGGUUCGUGAGAUGGAUGAGGCAGAGGACAUGGACCCGACGAUCGUUGAGCAGCUCUUUGAGCAGGGGCUCAUGGGUGUCGAGAUCCCCGAGGAGUACGGCGGCGCCGGCAUGAACUUCACGAGCGCCAUUAUUGGCAUUGAGGAGCUCGCCCGCGUCGAUCCCAGUGUCAGCGUCCUCGUCGAUGUCCACAACACCCUUGUCAACACCGCCAUCAUCAAAUGGGGCAGCUCCCAGCUGAAGCAGCGCUUCUUGCCCAAGCUCGCUACCAACACCGUUGGUAGCUUCUGUCUGAGCGAGCCAGUCAGCGGCUCCGACGCCUUCGCCUUGGCUACCAAGGCGACCAAGACAGAGAACGGUUACAAAAUCAACGGCUCCAAAAUGUGGAUCACCAACUCCAAGGAGGCCGACUUCUUCAUCGUUUUCGCGAACCUUGACCCCGCCAAGGGGUACAAGGGCAUCACCGCCUUCAUCGUCGAGAAGAACACCAAGGGCUUCUCCAUCGCCAAAAAGGAGAAGAAGCUUGGCAUCAAGGCCAGCAGCACAUGCGUCAUCAACUUUGACGACGUCGAGAUCCCUAGGGACAACCUUCUCGGAGAGGAGGGUUCGGGCUACAAGUACGCCAUCGGUCUCCUAAACGAGGGCCGUAUUGGUAUUGCUGCUCAGAUGACUGGCCUUGCCCUGGGCUCAUGGGAGAACGCCGUCAAGUACGUCUGGAACGACCGCAAGCAGUUCGGCCAGCUCGUUGGCGAGUUUCAGGGCAUGCAGCACCAGAUCGCGCAGUCGUACACGGAGAUCGCCGCUGCGCGUGCGCUCGUUUACAAUGCGGCGCGCAAGAAGGAGGCCGGCGAUAACUUCGUCAUGGAUGCCGCCAUGGCCAAACUGUACGCCAGCCAGGUCGCUGGUCGCGUGAGCGGCCUCGCCAUCGAGUGGAUGGGCGGCAUGGGCUUCGUCCGCGAUGGCCCGGCCGAGAAGUUCUGGCGCGACAGCAAGAUCGGUGCAAUCUAUGAGGGCACCAGCAACAUCCAGCUCAACACCAUUGCCAAGCUGCUGCAGAAGGACUACACCGAAUAAGUGGUGUUCUCCUUUCUGGGAGUGCUUCGAACAAGUCAAAGAAUGUGAAAGAGGGAGUGUAAUGGCGAAACUGGACGGUAAUCGUGUAGUUAUUAGACGGCGUUCAAUAAAAGCGACACG